AUGGGUACGUCUCUCACCAAUGGAAGGUACUUUAGAAGAUGAUACAUGACACGUGAAGGCAAUGGACGAAGACAUAAAAGCUUAAUAUGCGUCAUAUUUGGAGACACAGAUGUAAAUGGUAAUGUUAUUGCAGAAAAUACUACUCCAUUUGGAAUUGUAUGCCAUGAUAAAUCCCUGGAGGAUUGAUGGGUGGGAUGUGCAUAGCAUGCAAUUCUACUCUUCCCACUGGUGGCAUCAUCUUGUCUUUAUAUCCACGGUCAGGCAGCAGAUUGUUUAAAUGAGGGUCGAGAAAAAAUGUAUUUACCCCAAAAUCACGGCAUUCCAUAUCUUUAUUGUUUUCAUUCUGAAAACCAUUUACACUUCUAUCAAUCAAAGGUCUUUUACUCAAAUCUCAAAAAACUAAACUUCCUUAGAGAUAAACUUGCUUCAUCUUGACUUAGGAAAAAGAAAGGUAAAAUGAUUGCCUUGUUCAUCCCAUUCAGACUGUGGUGUGGCAGAACAACUCUUGCUGUACCAGAGGAGGCUCUUUUCAAAUGAUGAGGUGAUAAUCCAAAGAUUAAUGUAGACCUCUUCAUACACAUGGUAAUGUAAACUAAUAUUUUAGUCACCUUAUAGUGUUUUUAAUUGACUGGUAAUGCUCAGUGUAAUAUUAGUUAUUUUAUUAUAGGUCUCACUAUUCACUAUCUUGUUAUGAUUAUUUUGGAUUUUUGCUAUUGCAGCCGGAAGAGAUUCUAACACUGAUUCAUGCCUCUUUUUGCAGGAAUCAUCUCAGCAGGACCACUGGGUAGAGAAUUUGUCACCGUCUUCAUGCAAAACUAUCAGCGAGGAUCAAGUAAUUCCAACCUUCAGGUGUUUGUCAGUGCCUUUAACCCAUACACAACUGUCACUGUGUCAAUAAAUGAUGGCACCUUUAAGAGGGUAUUUACUGUAGGGGAACGACUUACUAUGAGUACACAGGUCCCAUCCACUGUAGAACUACAAGGCAUCAAGAAGUCCAGUAGAGUACUCAUUAUAACGUCUGAUAAGGAUAUCUCAGUGUUAUCUAAAAAUUACAAACCAGAAAGUGCUGAUAUUAGCAUUUUGCUGCCAGUGCAAGACUUGGGUAAGGAAUACUAUAUCUUGACGCCUUCCUACGAAGGCUCUAAGCUGUUUACAGUGAUAAGUGGUCCAGAACCAGCAAGUGUUGACAUUUACUUCACGAGUGCCAUGACAAUUGAUGAUGUGGUUAUUGAACCUGGGGAGAAAUUCUCUUUUAUUCUGCAACCAUACAAUGCUUACCAGUUCACUAGUGAGAACAACCUCUCUGGAACCAGAGUUGUAUCUCAGCAACCAGUGGCAGUUCUGAGUGGCCUGACGUGCAACGUGAAGAAUAUUAAGUGCAACCAUGUUUAUGAACAGCUCUAUCCAGUUCCUAUGUGGGGUUUUAAUUAUAUUGUGCCUCCUAUUGACUCCCAGACUACUCCUGAUGUUGUUUAUGUCCUGGCUUUUCAAGCCACAACAAUCACAUAUCAAAGUGGUUCAGUGAUAUCAACCAAGACUCUAAUUGAAGGAGAAGUGUCAGAACUGAGCUUAGAGGUCCAGACAGCCCUCUCCAUCUCAGCCACCAGUGGGAUCCAAGUUCUACAUUAUUGUACAGGUGGACAGGACAAGUCUGGAAUUCCAUAUAGCCCUUUUCUGAUUACUGUUCCCCCAAUCAGGAGUUUCUGUUCAUCAUUCUAUGUGUUUGGUGAAGAAGAGUUUGACAACUAUGGUUCAAUAGUUGCAAUAACAUCACACUAUCCUAAAAUUACUUUCAACAAAAAAUUAUUUAAAGGACUAGUUUGGAAAAGUAUCCCCGGUACAGAUUAUUCCUGGACUUCUCAAAAGUUAGCGAUAGGCUUAAGUUUUCAAGUCGUAGAGAAUCCUUUAUCAUCUUUCUUGAUGUUGUCAUAUGGGAUUGCCAAGAAGAAUAGUUAUGGAUCUGAAGCCACCUGUAUCAGCAGAACCACAGGUAUGCCAUUUAUUUAGUUUGUGGUCAUGAAGAAAUGCUCUGUAGAUGUAUAGUGCACACGUUUUUGUCUGCACAGGUUCAUGUUCACAUAUACAUAGUGCUAUGUAUCCUGUAUAUAUAUAUAGGAUAUAAAUUAGACUUUGAACUGUUCAUUUUACAGAUGUUUGUGUAAAAAUAAAUAAUACAUAUUUGCUCUAAGAAUAGCGUUCCUGAAGUCCUAAUAAUAUCAACACAAACCAAGUUAUAGAUAGAUAUAGAUAGAUGGAUGUAUGGAUUGAUAGACAGUCAGACAGACUGAUUGUUGAGGUGACUGAAAAGCUUGAAUUGUUAUAUAUCCAUAAUAAUAAGAAAAAAGUAGAUCCCGUCUAUAGAUUGGGAUUAUAUCGUCCAUGCACAAUGGUAGCUCUGCAAAAUGUGAAUGAAUCCUCUAUAAACAAAUAUCUUACUAAUGUUUUAUAAAUUUCAUCCGUAUUGCACUAUUACUGGUUCUACUUUUUUUUUUUAGCUUAUCCAAUUGGAAUAUUGAAAAAGGUAUAUAGUUGGAGUUAUUGCACUGUUGAUGUUAUUUUUCUUGGUGCAGUGUUUCCCUGUAUCUUUUUAGUUGUAUUAUACCAAUAAUAAACUUAAAGGAGAGCACACAGGAGACUAAAUUAGACUGUUUUCAUGGCUGCUUAUAUUUUUCCUUGCAUCUCACAUACUUGCAAUAAGCCAACGAAUCAAAGUUUCGGUGCUCUCUUCAUUAAUCUUGAUAAAAGUCACUGUGAGGACUGAAAUGGUGUUUCCUUCUCUUAUGGCAAGUAUGUGAGCUGCGUAAAAACAGACACAAAACUAGUCUAAUUGGCUCUCCUGAGGGAUCUUCUCCAAGUUUAUUGUACAGCAGUAUAGAUCUUGGAGUACUGUUUUUCGUUGUUGAGUGCAACGUAUCCUAAACAUUCCAUCAGGCACAAAUCUUUUCGAGUCCAAGGGAGAUUUUGUUUUGUUGUUUUAUAUAUAGGUUUCCCAACAGUUGUCUAGAAGUUUUCUUGAAAGCUUUAUUUUGUUGACUUUAUAGCAGUUUCCUGUAAUGAAGAUAUUGGCCAGCUUGUGUACACGCCACAAGUAUACUUAGAAAAAUAAACUUUAAACAACAAUUACAUGUAACUGAUGUCCAUGUUUUACUUUAAACUGUAGAUAAUUAUUAAUUCAGUACUAUAAAUAUAUCCUGUUGCAUUAUUCAUUAAAAACUCAUUGAUUGGCCAAGUUUAGGUAUUGAUUAGUACAAUAAAGUGGUUCACUAGUUGGCAUCAUUAAUUGCAGAAAUAUUGUCAGCAUUUGGCAGAAUUCGGGUUCAGUGAUGGGCAUUCUGUCUAAAUCUGCAGAACUAAUAAUCCCAUACCGACUUCCUUACAACAUGUCUACUGUCCUCAUUAGUAUUAUUUAUUUUCUAUUUUUUUUUUCUUCUACUGGAUAAACUGUUCCAUUUCCAUUUGAAUACAAUCUUGUAACCAGACACUCAAACUCUACUCUACUAGAUUAUUUCUAACAUAUAACAUGUUUUUUCUUAAUAUAUCUGACUCUGCAAAAUGUUUUAGAUACAACGUACAUAAAUAACGAGCCCUUGUAUGCUUCUCACACAGCUACAUCGUGCAGCUCUGUAAGGUGCAGAGUUAAGGAAAAGUGCCAGAUGUUAAACGGAAAACCAGCAUGUGUACCUGCAUCUCAGUCUUAUUGCUGGGCACAAGGUGAUCCCCAUUACCGUACCUUUGAUGGUUACUUCUAUGACUUUCAAGGAACCUGCACCUAUACUGUUGCCAAAACUUGUGGGAGUGACAGUGGCCUCACUGCAUUCAACAUCGAGACUUCAAACGAGAACCGAGGAAACUCUAGGGUUUCCUAUGUCAGCAAUGUAACAGUCCAGGUGUACAGUUUCACAAUAUCCUUAUUCAGGUUUGAACAUGGAUUUGUGAGGGUAAGCUUAUGAAAAUGUGUUUAUAUUGCUCUAAUUAUACAUCAGUCCAUUGGUGAGGGUACACCAAGUGGUGUAUCCUGGUUUUGUGUCAACCCACUAACAGACACACACACUAGCAGACACACAUACACACAUACUCACACACACACUUUUUUUUUUAAAUUUAACCCCCCCAGCCUCCUUACCUUUGGGAAUGCUGGGGGGGGGAGGAUUCUCCCUCUCCCUGGGGUCUAGUGGGGCUGCUAGUCAGUCAGUCGGUCGGGCGGGCGGCGCUGGCAAGGGAGCACUUUCCCCUGAGCGCUCUGCUCAGCUCCCUCGCGCGCCGCAGAGUGAUACUGGGAGCCAGAAUAUAAUGUAAUAUUCCAGCUCCCGACUUCACUCUGCAGCGGGCGAGGGAGCUGAGCAGAGCACUCAAGGGAAAGUGCUCCCUCACAAACGCCGCCCGACUGACUGCCCACCUGCCUGCCUGCCUGGCUUGUCUGUUAGCCGCCAGGCUAAGAAGACAUUUGCCCUGGGCAUUUGGGGGCAGCUUUUAUUGCUGCCCCCUGGAAAAUGCCACCCAAGACAAAUGCCUUGUUUGCCUCGCGGCUAAAACGUCCCUGGGUACACCUAGAAUAAGUUGUAGGUUCUUAGACAAAUAGUGUAUCUAGACUCUCUGUAGACGAGGUAUAAGCAAGGACAUUUUUAUACAAACUAACUUACUUUUCUGAUGUGUUGGACUUCAUGUAUCUUCCCCUUCCUUGCUUUUGCUCUUUUGAUAGAAUUGAUUUUUCUUUCACUUGAAUAAGUGCACAGCUAGUAUGCUAAUCUCACAUGAAAGUUAAAGAAUUAGGCUAGUCAACAAUAAAAGAAGAAAACUCCGAUUAUAUCCUUAUUUCUCAUGUAUCUGUGUAAAUAUAAAUAUGUGUGAUAUCGAUAGGUGAUUUAUAAAGGUAUACUGUAAUCAAGUUAUUCUGGCAAGCUCAUAAACCUUAGACAGAAACCUGGGUGACUGGAAGUAGUUUAAUAAAUACUAGCAACAAACCCCCCCCCAAAAAAAUACAUAAUUUUAUCAUAUUUAUUUACGCUACCUCUCUAUUUAAAGGGAAACUAUAGUGCCAGAAAAACAAACUCAUUAUCCUGGAACUAUAGCUCCCCCCUUUAUCAGAUCUCCCCCUCCCCCUUCUGUCACUUAGCUGGGUUCAGCUCUGCCCACACACCUCCGCCGGCGGGGGAGACCUAAUGUGCAUUAUUCAAUGCUUUCCUAUGGGGAUUCCGGUGACGCUGGAAGUCCUCAUGCAUAGCGUGAGGACGUCCAGCGUUGUUUAGGUGAUUAAAAGUCGCCUUCAAGCCCAGAAGUCCCUCUAGUGGCUUUCUGGUAGACAGUCAAUAGAGGAGGAGUUAACCCUAGCAGGUAAUUAUUGCAGCAUUUCAAGUAAGAGAUAAAGUGACAUCUCCAGAAAAUUGUGAGACUGAUGGUGGAACUUGUUAGAGUCAUCUGUUUCAUACUAGCUUAUUACUAUGAUAUAUAUACAGCACCAACAUUUUCAUGCAGAGCUUUACAGUCAUAGAAAGAGGCUAUUUAGAGGUAAAGAAUGUCCUGCUGAAAUAAAUUUCAAUCUAUGAGGUUUUGAGGUAGGCGUACAUAAAGGACAUUUAAUGGUGAGGUGGUCUGACCUGUAUUCGAACCUGGGCAGUGACUGAAACAGCAACUUAAAAACAUGUGAUUUGUAUUUAAUAAAAAUUUGAUAAACAUUUUCUGGGUCCUGUUGCUCCUUCUUGUCUUCACAACUGCUUCAACAGGCACGAAUCUCCAUGCCCAAAACAUGUUAACUAAGAUCACCACCUUUUGCAUGUUACAAAAAAUGUUGUAUUGUAAAAAAUAUUAUGCUUUGUUUGCUCAUCACAAUCAUUCACUUUUCUGUUUUUUAAUAAAUUUAGGUGAAUGAUCAACGUCAAGGCCUCCCUUUCAUUCUAAACAAUGGUAAGGUUAGAAUUUAUCAUUCGGGUUCGUCAGUGGUUGUUUGGACAGACUUUUCUCUAAAAGUACAGUAUGAUUGGAACGCUAUGCUAACGGUGUACCUCUCCAGCAGCUACUAUGAAAAUGUUUGCGGAUUGUGUGGUAACUACAAUGGAAAUCCUGCUGAUGAUCUUGCUAUGCCAACAGGCAUUCUGGCUUCUACUUUGGUUAACUUUGGGAGAAGCUGGAAAGUAGAAGAUUCCAACAGGGUAUGUUGGGAUGAUUGUAAUGGAGAGUGUAUGACCUGUUCCAGAAAAGCCCAACAAACUUAUGAGAGUCAAGAGGCAUGUGGAGUAAUAUCUAAAGCAAAGGAUGGACCCUUCAGCGCGUGCCAUUCAAUCAUAGACCCCAAAGUCUAUGUGGAGAACUGUGUGUACGAUUUAUGUAUGAAUGAUGGAUCUCAACAUAUUUUAUGUCAAAGCAUAAAGGCAUAUGCUGAUGCCUGCCAGAGAAAUACAAUUCUGAUUGGAGAAUGGAGACCGUUUGCAGAAUGCAGUAAGUACAAAUUAAAGAUCAUUCUAUGAAGGAACAAACCUUUAGAAUGUAAUUUUAAACAUACUGGACAAUGCUGCAGGUCACAACUUCUCAAUAAUAACAAUUGUAGUGAUCCCAAGGUGGCAAACAUUUUUCCUAUAUAUAGUCCUGGUUCGAAAUACAAUAUAUCUGUUCUUAGAUACCUUGUAUUGCAUGGUUUGUAAACCUCAGUUCUGUGGUAAAUUAUGGUUCCUUAUUGCUGUUUGAUGGGUGGACCCAAGGAAUUUUACAUUAAAAUGAAAAGUUAUCAUUUUGGUUUUAAUUAACUUGCAACAGUGAACCAUUAUCACAUGUUGUUCUUUGUUAAAUUGUUAAUUUCGUAUAAGAUCUUUGGUCUUGUGUUCAUUUCUACUACAUGCUACUAGUAUGGAAUUAUAAUAUUUUUCUUAAUAUUAUCUUUCUCUCCUCCAGCAAUUAAAUGCCCAGAAAAUAGUGAAUAUAAGCUCUGUGGUAAUGCUUGCCCUAAAACUUGCAAUGAUAAUGCUACACCCACGAAGUGCCCUGAUCCUUGCGUAGAAACCUGUGAGUGCACAAAUGGCUACGUGCUAGAUGAGGGUAAAUGUAUUCCAAAGUUCACAUGUGGUUGUGUUUUUGAGGGGAGACAUUAUUUAAUUAAUGAAAAGUUCUGGGGGGAUGAAAAGUGUGAAAAGUGGUGUGCUUGCAGCUCCACCACCAGAAAAGUUGAUUGUAAAUCCACUCAGUGUAAAACUUCUGAGAUGUGUGGAGUGGUCAAUGGCAUUCGAAACUGUUACUCCUUGACCUAUGGCAGUUGCUCAGUGUUCGGAGACUCCCACUACAUUACAUUUGAUGGGGUGACAUAUGAUUUUCAAGGAACAUGCCUCUAUCAGUUUGUUGGGGUCUGCAAGAAAUCAGAAGACCUGGUGGACUUCAAUGUCAAUGUUCAAAUCAACAACAAACGGGGAACAGUGGCAUCUUACAUCAGUGCCAUACAGGUGAAAGUCUUUGGCUUUCUCAUUGUCAUCAGCAGACAGUAUAAACAACAAAUUUUGGUAAGUCCUCAAAAAAUGUUCAGGUACAUACCAAAGCAAGAUUUAUCUUCCAAUGUUGAAGUAGUCUGUACCUAACAUCUUCUACUCUAGUUUAAAUCAUUUUAACACCAUGGAUUAUUCCAAAGUGAGUUUGUUUUGUUAUUCAUAUAUUCAAAUAUUCUUACUGCAAAGCUUUAGAUAAUUUAAGACUUGAUUUAGUAAGCUUUCCAAGUGAUUCAAUACUGUUAGAAAACUUUCCCAGUUGAUGUAUCUACAUAAGUCAUCAUUAAGUUAUAUGGGAUUUUUUGCAGAUACAUAAUUUGGAAAGUUGUUCUUGCCAUAUUGAAUUAUUUGGAAAGCUUAUUAAAUUGAGUUCUUAAUUAGUAAUAUAUCUAUCUACAAAUGUAAUAAUUUUCUGCAUGAUUCAGAGAAUAUCUUUAACAUUACAAAUCGAUCACCUUCUCUCGACUAACUUAAGUGAUAGUCCCUAACACAUGACUAUUUUUUUUUUAGUAGUUCACGAAGAUUUCUUUAAGAACCAUUUAGAUAUUCAGUGUGCAAUCCACAUCUAUGUCUGUUUUAAUAUAUGAAUUAUAUUCUUUUUAUCAUACCUCUCCUAGCUAAAUGGGAUUUUAACUAGCCUCCCAUACAUUUUUGACAAAGGGAAUAUGUCUAUCUACAGUCAUGGAUUUAAUGCCGUCAUCCAAACAAACUUUGGUUUAAGAGUGGUUUUCAGUUGGAGAAGCCGAGUAGCUGUCACUAUUCCCAGUAAAUAUUCAGGAGCUGUGUGUGGUCUUUGUGGUAACUUUAAUGGUGACAAAGCCAAUGAAUUUGUGACAAAUAACAAUCAGGUUGCUCCCAACCCAACACUCUUUGGCAAGAGCUGGAAUGUUCUAUAUACGGAAGGAUGUUCAGAGGAGGACAAAGGUAACUGCCCCAGAAUAGAUGAAUUUGAAACACGCUAUCGCUCAAGCAAGGAAGGCUGUAGGAUACUCUUAGAUAGAGGAGGACCUUUCCAAGAAUGUCAAGACACAAUCAACCCAGAAGAUUUCUUUCAGGAUUGUGUGCUUGAUGCUUGCUUCUAUAAUGGUCUCAAAGAAGUUAUCUGCAGGGUGAUAGCCAGUUAUGCAGCUGCUUGUCAAGAGGCUGGACUUACAAUCCACUCAUGGAGAUCUGACACGUUUUGCAGUAAGUUUUCAACUGACUAUAAAUUUACAGUUCUUGCCAUGUUCAUCGAUACUUGUGUGGAUAGCGAAUGUUUUUAUGUCACAUACAGUCUAAUUCACAAUUCAGGGACUUUCAACGCCUGUAUUGUUUUUCUGCAUAAUGUCCAUGUGAAGCUUUUUAGAACAAAUUUCUUGCUGACUGUUUUCCAGAAAUGUAAAAAUGUGUAUGUUCGUAUGUGGAAAUUUCUCCAAAAUCAAAACAUUCUUUGACUGUGCUAUUUUUAAUCAGCUUGGCUUGAACUUAUUCAUCUAAAACUGGUUGCAUUUUAUGCAAUCUUCUCAAUAUUAGACAGGUUCUCUACAAUACCUUCUUACCACAUUAUGACAACAUAUAUUUAUUUACUGUGCAUUAUAGGGAUAGAAUAAGUUAUUUUCUAUUACAACAAAUGCUUAAUAAAAAUUGUUUGGACAGGUAUUCAUAAAAAGAAAUAGAUUCAACAUGUGUGACCUUUUAUUUUGCUGUCCAUGUCAGGUCCUGAAUGUAGUAAAAACAGUCACUAUGAGGUGUGCGUAUCAGCAUGCAGCCCGAUGUGUCCUAACCUUUCUCCUCCACCGUUAUGUGAUUCUGUAUGUUCGGAAGGUUGUGCCUGUAAAGAUGGAUAUGUUCUCAGUGGUGGAGAUUGUGUUCCCAUCUCUCAAUGUGGAUGUAAUUACAUGGACAAGUACUUCAGGUUGGGAGAAGUAUUUUUCCCCGGUGGUCUAUGCAAUCAACAGUGUACCUGUACCUCAAGUGGUGUAGUAGAUUGCAAGGCGUUCUCUUGCGGUGCCAAUGAGGAAUGCAAAGUGGUUGACGGAGUUCAGAAAUGCCAACCUAUUGAUUACGCCCAAUGUUCUGCAGUUGGUGACUCUCAUUAUGUGUCUUUUGAUGGUCUUUACUUUGAUUUCCAAAGUACCUGCACCUACACACUGGCCAAGACUGUCACAAACAAUGCCAAACUGGUACCCUUUGCAAUUAAUGUGAAAAAUGAGAAGUGGAGUGCUGGCAGAGUGUCAGUUACAGCAAUGGUUUCUAUUGAAGUCUAUGGCUACAAACUUGUUCUUCAGUACAACACACCUGGUAAAAUCCUGGUAAGAUCUUUAUAUCUGUUAGUGAUUUUAUUAUAUGCUUGUUUAAAUUUAAAAAAAGAUCAACUUGAGUAGAAAGUUUUCUGUAUGUGCAGGCCAUCAACAAGACAGUCCGAUUCUGACCACUUUUACAUUAUUAGGUAAAUGGAAUUGUAAAUAACCUCCCAUUAAGCUUGGAAGGUGAGAUGAUCCAAGUCUAUCAACAUGGUCUAAGUGUUGACAUCAGCACAGACAUUGGCGUUAAAGUCAGCUAUGAUCUGAUUUAUCAUGUAAUAGUCACUGUGCCAGGAAACUACAAAGACCAGUUGGGAGGUCUGUGUGGCAACUACAAUGGUGAAAGAAAUGAUGAGUUCCAAAAACCUGAUAAAACAUUAGCCUCUGAUGCCAUAUCUUUUGGGUCUUCCUGGAUAGUUCAAAUCCCAAAUGUGAACUGCGAUCAUGGUUGUGGUGGAAGUGAGAAUCCAUGCCCUACUUGUAGCAACAACAAAAGAGCUAUAUUGGAAACAGAUAACUAUUGUGGCUUCCUUAAAAAGGGCCGUGGUCCACUGAGUGCUUGUUAUGGCACUAUUAGCAAUGAUUACUAUUUCCGCAGCUGUAUCUCUGAACUGUGUGCCAAUCCUGGAGACAUAAAUAUCCUUUGUCAAAAUAUUCAAAGUUAUGUUGCCGCCUGUCAAGCAGCUGGUGCCACAAUCCUGCCAUGGAGAACCGAGACCUUCUGCCGUGAGUGAUCUAUCUAUCUAUCUAUCUAUCUAUCUAUCUAUCUAUCUGUCUAUCUGUCUGUCUGUCUAUCUAUCUAUCUGUCUAUCUGCCUGUCCUUUGACCUGUCCAAAUAUUUCUUGCAUUAAGUCGUUAGUUUAUGCAUACAGCAAUUCCUGAGUAUUCAACCACAAGCUAUUCCUAUACUCAGAUCACUGUCCACCCCUCAACCGUUAAAGUGUUUCCGGAAAGCAAGUACUUUUCAAACAAAAUUAACAAAUCACAUAAUAAUCUCAGUAAAAUACCACUUGUAAUUAGAGUUGAGCGGACACCUGGAUGUUUAGGUCUGGCGGGUUCGGCCGAACUUUGAAAAAAAGUCCGGGUUCGGGCUCGAACUUGACCCCGAACUUGACCCCAAACACCAUUGAAGUCAAUAGGGAACCGAACUUUUGGCCACAAAAAUGCCUCUAAAAAUCUCCUGGAAAGGGCUAGAGAUCUGCAAAAGGAAGUAAAAUGGGGGUAAGAGUAGGACAAGUGCCCUGCAAACAAAUGUGGAUAGGGAAAUAACUUAAAAUAAAAAAUUUAAUUAAUAAAAAUUAAAAAUACAGCUGAGCCAUAAAAUACCACUAGAUGGAAUCUUUGAUUUUAGCUUUGCAAGAAGAUAAAUCAAAAUCUAAAGCAUGGCUGUCAGAAUUAUCCAUUUUAGAGAGGAUUGGAGUGCAGGGUAUUCUCUUUCAUUGUUCAAACUGAGCUCAACUGAUGCAUGGAGAAAAGGCCUUCACAAACCUCUGCUAUUGUGUACCUAGUUUAUACUAAGUGACCCAUAGGUUGAGGAGGCGGUGACCAUGGCGAUGUAGGUGGAAGCGGCGGUUGAGGAGGAGGAGGUAGCCAACACUGUUUUAAAUAUAUAUAUAUAUAUAUAUAAUUUUAUUUUUAAUUGGAGUUGCCCCCAAAAUAUUGGGACAUAUAAAAAAAAAUACAUUUGCGGCCUGCGGUGCAUUUCUUGCAGUCCUGAUGCAUGGAGAAAUGCUCAACUCCUUAUACUAAGUAACCCAUAGGUUGAGGAGGCGGUGACCGUGGCGGUGUAGGUGGAAGCAGUGGUGGAGGAGGAGGAUGAGGUAGCCAACACUUUUUUUAUGUUUGUUUUUCUUUUUGCCUUUCAAAAUGCGCCAUUAAAUCGUCGAACACCGAACUCCAACCCGAAAACAUACAGUGAUAUGUCCGUGUUCAGACCCGGGAUCCAAAAAAACGUAAUGUUCGGUACGCUCAACUCUACUUGUAAUGUUUCCAUAACCUUUUACCCAAAAUUCACUGUAAAAUAAAAAAUAAUGGCCAUGAUUUAUUACUUUAGGAUAAGCUUUUCAAAUGAUUUAAUAUUUUGAAAAAUAUUAAAAAAGUUUGAUAUAUAGAUUUUUUUUAGGUGUGAUAUAUUUUGGGCUAUUUUAAAGUUUUUUUUUAGAAAAAUAAUAUUUUAAAAGUGUAUACAAAAAUGUUAAAUCGGGGCCAAUAUUGGAUGUAGUUAUCAUGAUUGUACAGAACAAUUGCCUUUGAUUGCUCAACAACCCUUGGAAAUAAAAAAACACAAUAUCUACCAGAAAAAAAAAAUGAUUUAUGAAAUUUUUUUAGUUUAAUGGUCUCAUAAACACUCCAUCACUGCAAUUAAUGGACAUCCCCAGCCAGUCACAAGGCAGAAUUAUGUCUCCAUAAUGUCUCGCUGAGGAGUAGUGGGAGUCUGAGCGCAGGACUUAUUUUUGUGUAUUUGUAUUUUUCGCACUGAAUUGGCUAUAGGUUAAGGAAUGUCUAUCUACUGUUGUAAUUUUUCUUGCAAUAACCAAUAAAAAUAAAUAGAAAGUGGGCGAGCUGACACUUCCAAGAGGUCUAUAAUUUCCAUGUAAUAAAACAUAUUUUUUUCACUAAUCUUUCCAUAUUAGCUUUGACUUGUUCACCCAACAGUCAGUACAAUAUUUGUGUUGAUGCCUGCUCCUCAUUUUGUGCUGGCCUUAUGGACCAGACCCAGUGCCCAGCCUCCUGUGCCGAAGGUUGUCAGUGUAAUGACAAGUUCUUCUUUGAUGGACAUGGAUGCGUACCGAUGGACAAGUGUGGAUGCUUUGAAAAUGGGAAAUACUAUCAGGUGUGUCUCAUUGACAACAUUCAGACAUUUUUUAAUCUAACAGACAGAAUCAAUUGUAACCUUCGCCAUGAAAGGGGGAUCAUAAGCCAGAUCUCCUGUGAUUAUUGGAAAGCACUAUAGGACCUAGCUCCUUUUUCCUGGUCUCUACUUCUAUGGAGAAAUCUACCUUCUGUUUCGUAGUAAAUGUAGAUUAUACUAGCUUUAGUGUACCUAUAAUCUUAAUUUUAUUAAUGACAGGAGGCGAGUAUUUGCUUAAGUCUCUCUUUACUAGAACUCCACAGCAGUACAUUAACAUAGAGAGAAAACAACCAUUCAGAAAAAAGUAAAGUACAAAAAAAGUCUCCUCCCAACCAACUACUUCCUCUUUCAAGCUGCGUCAAAAACAAAGAACAGAAACAAUCAUAUAAAUAUAACUGUAGUAGUAGGAUCCAAAUGAGUACAACUGACGACCUUCAUCCAGAAGAAGAACUUGAAGCAGAUCCGUAGAGGGAUCAUUAAACUGAAACGAGAUAAGCAGAAUCGAAAGAUUUGGUUAACUAAUGAAAUGUACUUUAAAAAAACCCAUACUAAUUCAGACAGUACAAAAUCAACAGAUAACUCAUCCCAAACUUCCCAGAAGAAAGGAAACAAACAUGUUAGGUGAGGCCUGAAGAACAAUCUACAACCAGAGGCAACCAAAUCCAUUGACAAAAAGAAAAAGGGGUAGGAUGAAACUGGGAGGGAAAUAUUCGCCACCUGUCAUUAAUAAAUCUAGUAUAAAGCUAGUAUAAUCUACAAUUUUAUAACAUGACAGGAAAGCACUGUGCCCCUAACCGAAGGCGCUCCGAGGUCGAAUCCACACACACCAAGAAUAACAACUAUCUAAUCCAUUGCGCCAGGGUAGGAGAAGAGAUCGGAAUGUGAGGUCUUACAUAGAAGACCAAUAAUUGUCCGGAGCGGGAAGGGCGAAGGGGAGAAGUACAUAACGAGACGAGCCGCACUACGCAGUUUAGAAACUCUGACUUGCAGAAAUAUGGGUAGAAGAUAGCCGUCAAGUCUGACUUAGUCUGUCUAGACACAGAGAAAGUCACCCCGUCCAGAAAGGGAAAAAGCGUCCACAUUGAAAGCCCGGACGUGGGAGACCCAUUUAAAGGAAAUGAGGCAUAGUAGGAGAGCGAAUUUUGCUGAAAGCUGUCGGAGGGAAAGGUUCUGAUUAUCAGGCCAGUCUUGGAGGAAAGACAAGACCACAUGCACUUUCUAGAGGGAGUACUUAGGCAUCGGAAGCCGUUAUAGUCUCAUGCCUUGGAGAAGUCUGCAAACCAACAGGUCCUGACCAAUGAGGAAACCUCUGAAUGGUACAUGAGCUGCCGAGAUCUCCGACCUGGCCACGUUAACGGAAAGAUAUGCGCCCCAGGUCAAAUAGGUGCUUGAGGAAGUUCAGAACACUUGCUACAGGGGCCGUAAAGGGAUCAGUAUCUCAUUCCAGGCACCAAUGAUACCAAGAAACCUAUGCCGCCAAGUAGCAUCUCCUAGUUCCAGGUGCCCAGGAGCCCCAGAGGAGGUUUAUAGCAGACUGCAUUCCAGGUUCCCCUGAAAGAGUCCAGGCCAUUAAGCGGAUGGGCUAUCCACCAUGAGGGGGGAGGAUUGUCUCGAGAGUCCGAUAGUAGUGUUCGUGUGGAUGGCAGAAGGAGUGGAUACUGAUGGGACAGACCCAGAAGCUCCGGGAACCAAGGCUGACUCUGCCAUAAGGGGGUCAGCAAUACCAAGAAUACACAUUGACGUCACACGUGUAACAGUACUCUGGAGAGCAUAGCAAAUGGAGGAAACGCAUAAGGACCUCAAGAUGGCCACACCUAAAGAAAAGCAUCCACCACCAUGCAAGCCAACUGAUGUAGGUUGGGACCUGGCAAUUCAUCCUGGAGGUCCACGAUCUUGAGGAAAACAGAAUGAAGGAGUCUCCAAUCACUGGCAAUGUCUGGAGAACAAGUCCGCCGUCAGGUUCGACACCCCCGGAAGAUACUCCGUCUGGAAAGUGAUGCUGCGUUGGAAGCAGAAGCAGCAGAUCUCCUUCAUUAUCUCAAAAAGCAUCUAGGAGCAGGCCCCUCCCAGGUGGUUGAUGUAUUGUACAACGAGAUGUUGUCCAUCCUGAGAAGAACGCAACAAUCGGAAAGGUGACUCGCUAAGCUCCGGAUUGCGAAUUAUGCCGCAAUCAGUUCUAGGCAUUUUAUAUGGUACUCCAUCUCCAUCUCCGACCAAGGGUCUCCCGUGGAGCUGAUCGCACAGGUAGCUCUCCAACCUCAGAGACUGUCAUCCGACUCCAGGACAAAAUCCGCGGACGGUCCUAAAAUUGCCUUGCCGUUCCAAGCCAACAUGUGAAGCAGCCACCAGCACAGUGCUGUCUUGACAUCCAGAGUAAGGUGAAUCACUUGGUCGUAGGAGGGUCUCCUGCAGAGGAAAUGGGCCUUCCUGCAUUGCAUGGCCCUGUAGUAAAAGAGAACACGGUGGAUCGCCUGGAUCGAUGUGGAGAGGAGGCCCCUUAUGCGAGCCAGCAUCCUUAGUGGGAUCUGGUCCUGAUGCAGGACCCUCAUGAUUUCCUUUCGAAUGGUCGAGAUUUUGGACUGAGGGAGGCGUAGGAGGCACUCCCUUGCAGCUAUUUCAAAGCCCAAGAAUUCGAUCACCUGCGUUAGUGAGAGGGUCGACUAUUCUCGGUUGACCGCGAAACCUAGCAACUUGAACAAGGAGACCAAAGAGAGCAUGUGAUAAUUCAGCCUGGAGGGCUCCACGCAAAAGAUCUGUAAAUCAUCCAAAUAGAUGAUACAACAAAUACCCUCGGAUCAAAGGCGUGCCGUCACAGGUUUCAACAGUUUGGUGAAACACCACGGUGCCAAGCUGAGACCAAAAGGGAGGCAGAUGAAUUGACAGGGUAUGUCUUUCCAGAGGAACCAGAGGAACCAACGGAAUUAGGGGUCCACCGGCACCGAGAGAUAGGCGUCCUUCAGGUCCAGUCUAGUGAGCCAAUCCCCUGGGCAGAGGAGGUCCAGCAGGAGAUGGAUGCCCUCCAUCUUGAAAUGAUGGUAAACCACAAAGGCGUUCAGGCUUCUCAGGUUGAUCACCGAGGGCAAGUCCCCGGAUUUCUUCCUUACCAGAAAUAUGAAGCUGAAGAAACCCCCGUUGUCCCGUGCCCGCUGGACUGCGCCCUUUUUGAAAAGGGCUAGAAUCUCUGCAUCUCUCAGGGACUGUUGUUCCCUCAAAGACACGGGAACCGGCAGAAGGUGAAUCUGCGUCGGUGGGGAAUGAAAAUCUGUGACAUAGCCCCAAACCGUCUGAAGCAUCCACGCAUCUGAGGAAUCCUCCUGUCACAAAUCUAGAAGUGAAACGACCUGCCUGCAUGCAACAGAGUGGGUGGAGAACUGGCAGAAAUGGGUCUCACCUGCAAGCAUCCUUGCUUGUCCGCUAGCCCGGCUCAAUCUACCUCGGUCCAACUUUUGGGGGUUGAAGGUCUGCGAGUGGUAGGAUGGGAAGAAGGAGGGAGCAUGGGAUCCUUGGUGGCCAGGCGGCCAGAAUCGGCUGGCAACCCAACCCCGCUGUCGUCCAGCCCUGCCAAAAACACGGGAGCUUUUUGGACGGAAGACCCUCUUCAUUGAGGACUGGGCCUUGCUUGGGGUGGUGAAGAGGUUCACAUGUUUAUGAAGUUCCUUGAUGAAGGGUUCUCCAUAGAGUAGACCCUUAGCUAGGGGGCCCAGUACUUUUAACCUCAAGUCUGACAAUUUGGCAUCCAUGCGUAAGUGGACUACCUUCUAUACUCUGUGCAGAGCGCUAUAUUGGUGUUGCCCAGCAGGCAAAUAAAGUGCAGAUCCCAGUCCUGUAUGGAAGCUGAGUCCAGGGCAGCACCCUGUGAAAAGGUCCCAUCAGCGAGCAUGAGUAUCCUGGCCAACAGGUCCAUCAGUUUAUCCUGUGCCAGUUUGAGGCUGUGCUUGACCUCUUUCUUGGGGUCACUCCUGUUAUGGGUCAUGUAGGUUGAGACCAUGGGGUCAAAUUCUGGGGUCAGGGCAACCUUAUCUGGUAACACGGGCCUGGGGCAUUCCGCCUACCGUACUCUCCUCCGAACCUCCAAGUCUGUGGACCAAGUAGUACACAAACUGUGCCAGGUGGUCAGGCAGUGACCAUUCAUAGGAUCCGAGAUGCCUGAUGGACUGUAGGUUGAACAGGGGUUCGCCCGUGUCAUCCAGGAAUACAUCUUUGUCCAGUAGGGAGGCAGGUUUCCUUUGUCUAGAUGAUUCACCAGAGUCAUGGGACCACAUGGGGUCGUCCAUGUCGUCUUCAUCCCCCCUGUCUUCCCCCCUGGCUGCCUGCCAUUCAUCUAUUAUGGCCAUGGGUGGGGGGGUAAUGGGUCCUCCGCCCCCUGGUCGGAGAGGCGCCUACACCGGGGAGGCGAGUUUUAGACCACCGGUCCCUGUCUCUUCGCUGGAGCCUUGCCCUUCUGGGAGUGUGGCUUAGGGCUAUCACCCUUCCAAUUGCACUUCUGCGCUCUUGCCUGAUCUCUCCUGUCAGAGUCUGACUCAGCCGAGUCUUCUGUAGACUGGGGGAUCCCUUUAGAGCCCCAAUCAUGUGCGGUUUGUGGGAGUGUCCUGGCUAGCGCAUUUUCAACAGAGGCGUACACCACCACAUUAAUCAUGGCCUGUAAACUUUGUUCUUGGGUCGACAGCUCCAUAGCAGGGAGACUGCUUGCAGACAAGUGUCACAAGCAUAAUAACCAGGGCGGUAUCCCAAUACUAUGGCAAAGGCAAGAUGUGUUGCGCAUGCAAAGUACAAGAGUACGUAUGUAUAUGGCAAGACUGGUAUCACCCAGUGGCAAUGGCACAGACAUCACAGGCCAAAUCAAGGGGCACAGACAAAGCAGGCCAAUCAAGGGGGCACAGCAGAGCAGGCCAAUCAUGGGAAGAGUUAUGGGCAGGUCAAACCCCUUAGAUGGACAGACCUGAGGUUCAAAUCGGUGUAGUAAUAGGUACAGUAAGGUUAAUCAAAGGCAGGCUGGCAGGCAAGGAUGGACUUCCGUGUUAGGAUUGCAGGAUAUAAAGCUGAAUGGAGCCUCUUUCGUGAGUGUAAGUUUGGUGCCACAAGGUACAGCUGUAGACCCCUUUAGUACAGUAGUUGUGGCACCAACAGUGACUAUAGGUACCGAAAUCCCCCCCUGUACCUGAAAUAGUAGAAGCCUCCGUGUGGGGAAGGUCAUGGGGGUAAAUCACCCUGGGGUGGUAGACCCACACUUCCCUCUCCGCCCCUGUUGCCCGUGGGUCGUGAUUCCAGUAGAUUUUUCACAGCCCGGUGAAGGGAGGUGAGCGGCAAAAAGCGAGAGAGGGGGCGGAACUCCACACAUGGGGCUGCCAGAGACAUACUCGGCAGCACCGGCCGCCAGGAGUUCAGGGAGGCGACUAAAUGGCCACCUCCCGUGAUGUCCACACGAGGGGGGAACACAGAGGUGGAAACAAACAGGAUGAAAGCAAGGAGAACAAAGGCAAACUAAUGAUACUUAAUAGUGCAAAAGGCUAAAGAACACAGCCAAUAGCAGAGUACAUAUAACAACUAUAACUCAAAUAAAUAUAAAUAAAUAUAAAUAAAUAACAAAUAAUUAAUUAAUAAAUAGCAGAUAAAUCUCACAGCCACCCACUAAGAGCAGGAGGCAGUGGUACUCUGAAUGUGCUUGAUGUGGAGCUGCAAAGAAAGAGGAAGUAGUUGGUUGGGAGGGGACUUUUAUUGUACUGUACCUUUUUUCUGAUUGGUUGUUUUCUCUCUAUGUUAAUGUGCUGCUGUGGAGUUCUAGUAAAGAGAGACUUAAGCAAAUAUGAAGCCUCCUGCCAUGUUAUAAAAUUAGUUUUACUAUACUCUAACACAAAUUCUACUAGAAUUUUAUAUUAUUUAUACUUUUUUUUUUUUUUAAUGUCUUUAAUUCAAGAGUUCCAGGUACUCGGGGGUAUAAUGACGUGUUUCUAAUGAAACUUAGUGCAUAUUACACUAACUGAAUAAAGCAUUGGAUUUUAUUUAAUUAACCCAUGGUGUUGUUUUAAUUACCCAAGCUCCUGGAGACUAUAUUAUCCAAUGACUGUACAACAGUCUGUACCUGUAGCUCCUCUGAAAACCUUUCCUGCAUGGAGACAAACUGCACUAUUGAUGAGGAAUGUCAGAUUGUGGAUGGAAUUGUGGGAUGUACCAAUAAAGGUAAAAUAAAAAUAUAAAAUGCUUUGCCUUAAUAUAUUUCAGUUAUUUUACAGGCAGUACUGAGUAGUAUAGUACAACUAAAUAUUAGUACAAUGUAAAUAGUACAACAAAAGUUUAGUACAAUGUAAAUAAUAAAAUGAAAUAUUAGUGCAAUGUAAAUAGUGCAACGAAAUAUUAGUACAAUGUAAAUAUUCACAUACAAUAUUUUUUUUUUAUCAUUUCAUUGUUUAAUGUGACGCACAAUCAUCGUUAUUUACUAAAAUCAGAAUUUAAAUUACAUUUAAAAUUUAUGGUCAGAGUAGCAGACUUAGAGAAUUUUUCCAGUUUUGCUAUUUUGAACGUAAAUUUGAAAUUCACUUUGAAUUCUUGCAUCAGUAAAUAAAUGAAUUCAAUUAUUUAAAUGAAUGUGUUUGAUGUCUGAAUGUGUUUGUGUUCCUAUAAGUGCGUGCAUGCAUGUGUGUGUGACUGCAUCUUUAAUAGUGCUGGUAUGUAUGUGCACACAUGUUUUUCUAUGAGUGUGUGGCAAUAUGAGUUUUUGUGUGUGCUAUUGUGUGCCUGUAUGUGUGUACAAUUGUGAGUGUGUAUAAAUGUAUAAUAUGUGUAUAUCUACGAGUCAUUAUCUGUGUGUUUUAUGUCAUUGUGUGUGAGUGUGUCUCUAUGAGUUGUGAGUGCCUUUUUGUAAAUAUAACAUUAAGUAAAGGAAACAAUAUGAGUGAUUCAACAGGAUACAUUUUGUUUUGCAUUCCUGCACACAAAAAAAACACGUUAGUCCAGGAAUCCACUUUGCUGGGAGAGAAGAGAUUAAACUAUGAUGUAGAGGUUUUAUACGAUUGUAACAGAGGUGGGAUAGGAUGUAUAAUAGUGCAACUGAACAAUUAAUAUACAUUAGGUAAUUAGAUUAAUAGAAUAUAUAUAAUACAUUAUCUAAAUAAUUAGUUAAACGAUUACAUUUAAAAUCCAUUAAAUAUAAUUUCCCCGGCUUUAUGACUGACUCCAGUAAAUCCUGAUGCUCUUAGACCCAGACCUCAGAGUAAAACGUGUAAUUAUACAGUAAGCAUACUCACAUGCAGACACAGACAAUCUCACUGACACACACAAGCUCAAUGAUACACAGCCUCAAAGACAAACAAUCUCACUGAUAUACAUAAGCUCAUUGACGUAAAUGCCCACUCCCUAGCAGGCGUACACAAACACACAGUUUCAUGCAGUGGUUCUGGUGUCUAUAGCCUGUCCCUGCAGGCUUUUCAAUGUAAACACUGACUUUUCAGAAAAAAGGUAGUGUUUUCCUUGCUUCCUAGUGACAGAUGGUCACUAGAGGUGCUUCCUGUGAAAGUGAGGAUUGGCUGAGAUCAUCAAGCUUGAUAAUCUCAGCCAGAAAGGCAGGGCCAGUUCAGGGGAGACCAGCAUGACGUGGGAAAAAAAAAGGUGAGUAAAAACACUAUUUUUAAAAACACACACAGACACACACAUACACUGUGACACACACAGACACACAUACCAUGACAGACACACACACACCUUGACAGACACACACCUUGACAGACACACAGCAUGACAGACAAACACAAACACACACCACAAUGACAGACAUACACACAUCUUUACAGACACACACAUACCAUGACAGACACACACACCAGGACACAGACAGGCCAUGACACAGACACACACAGACCGUGACACAGACACACACAGACUGUGACACAGACACACACACUGUGACACAGACAGACACACACACCAUGAUACAGACACACAUUACAUGACACAGACAGACACACACACACACACACACACCAUGACACAGACAGACACACACCAGGACACAGAUAUACACACAUACACUCACACUGACACACAUAAUUGCUACCUGUGUGCAGACAGCUGUCUGUGCUGGUGGCUGCAGGGGGAGCAGCUGCCAGAAGAGCCAGCUCCUCCCUGCGGCCGCCAGAAGAGCUUGCUUCCCCCUGCAGCCGCCAGAAGAGCCAGCCCCCCCUGCAGCCGCAGGUCAGCCAGCUGUCUACCCGGCCCCAGGUGCUGACGGCUCACAGGGAAAUUUCCUAGUAUCCUGGUGUUUCAGUUCGGCCAUGCCCAAGAGGCACUGGGCAUAGAACUCAAUCAGUCCUUGGUAAUAAAAGCAGAGUGUGUGUACAUGCAUAUUCAAUACAGAACCCACUUCACAAUACAGCUGUCAGAUUUCCAUUCAGUAGAAUAGUUAUGCUAGAUGUAUGCACGAUGAGCUAGAAGAAUCCACUGGUAUUAACCAUACUACAGGGAGUUAAUAUCUGAGGAAGCUAAAUAUCUAGUAACAUACACAAAAAACAGGAUGAGGUCAUUUAUUUAUUCUUUUCACUUUAGCUACUAAAUAAUUUCCUAAAUUUCACUUGGAUAAAAAAAUAAAAAUUAAAAAUAAUAUAUAUAUUUUCAGAUCCUUGCAAAUCCUUAAAAUGCAGAACCAAAGAGACCUGCCAAAUUCAAGAUGGAAAACCAGUCUGUGUUCCCGACUAUACUGGUACCUGUUGGGCAUGGGGUGACCCCCACUAUCACACAUUCGACGGUUACAUCUAUGACUUCCAGGGCACCUGUACGUACAUCCUAUCUAAGUACACUGGAAAUUAUCCCACUCUGGUGCCAUUUACAAUCGAGAUGACAAAUGAAAACAGAGGGAGUCAAGCUACAUCGUCUGUCAGAACAGUUUCUAUUUACACAUAUGGAUACAAGCUGUCCAUUGCCAAGGGGGAAUUUGGCACGGUUAGGGUAAGUUUAUAAUAAGAACAAACUCUUCAGAAUUUGCAGGGCUUUGAAAUUAAGUCUACAUCUAAUAGACAUAGAGAUUAGUUUAGUUAUAAACGGCAGUUAAUCCAAAUUUGGGAUAAUCCGGUGAUCGAACGAAUUCCUGAACUCCGAGCAAAAUUGUAACUGAAUUAUGAUAUAAAUAAGUUGCUCAGUGGCCAAUCAUGGUCUCUUUAAUCUCUGAUUCGGAAUUCUAGGAUGCUGAUUGAUGACUAGAGGACAGACAAUAAAUGCUGAUUUUGUUAACAGAUCACGUAUAUAUAUCUUGCCGUACACUGGCCUAUUUCAGCGUCCUUUUGAUUUCUCUGAUUAAUUUUCCAAAUUAUUUUUUCAUUACCGAAAUUCAAAGAGUCAAACCACAAUGUGGGCAAAAUUCAGCCUUCCCAAAUUAUUUUCUGAAAUAAUUGUUAGGCUGAAACGCAUUUGCUUGCUGUGCACAACACUAAUAUUGGAUGCAGAUCUCAAUAAUCACCCCCUCAUAGUAUGCCACUCUCCAAUGAGUCAGAAUGCAGCCGUUAACGGUAUCCCCAUUAUUCACUCUGACUCACUAUCAAUGCUGGAUAGCCAGAGAGCAAAUCAAAUGGUCUAGCAUGGAGGUACACACACCUUACACACACACACACACACAUUACAUACAGGGAGCACACACCCCCACCACACACAUUACAAACAGCCAGCCCACACAAUACAUAUUACAUACAGCCAGCACAUACAGACACAUUACAUAUAGCCAGGGACAACCCCCCACACACAUUACAUACAGCCAACACACCACACAUAUCACAUACAGCCAACACACACCACACACAUUACAUACAGCCAGCAUUCACUACACACACAUAUAUUACAUAUAGCCAGCACACACCAUACACACAUUAAAUAUUUUUAUUAUUAUUAUUAUCGGCAUAUAUAUAUAUAUAGCACCAACAAAUUCCGUAGCGCUUUAUAAUAUUAUACAAGGGGGAGAUUUACCAAUAAAUGAGACAAUUAAAAAAUUUAACAGGAAUAAUAUGUUGAAGAGGACAGUCUAGAGGAGGGAGGGAUAUGGAAAUUCUUAUUAUUUUUUUUGUACAUCUUGCCUUGAGAAUCACAACAGGACAGGGGAUACCAAUCAAACAAGGUGAGAGUGAAGCAAAGCGGGAGAAGAGAGUAGAGUGUUGCCCUAUAGGAGAGAGCAAGGGACAGGUAUGUGUACAGCCAGCACACACACACACAUUAGAUACAGCCAACACACACACACACAUACAUUACAUACAGCCAGCACCAGGGACUUUUUAGCCGCGAGGCAAACAAGGCAUUUGCCUUGGGGGGCAUUUUCCAGGGCAAAUGCCUUGUUAGCAUUGCAGCUAACUGACCAGCCGGUUGGGCGUGCUGGCGGGCUGGCGGCUGGUGAGGGAGCACUUCCCCUGAGCUGUCUGCUCAGCAACCUCGCGCACCACAGACUGAUACCGGGAACCGGAAUAUGACGUCAUAUUCCGGCUCCCAGCCUCAGUCUGCAGAGCGCAAGGGAGCUGAGCAGACAGCUCAGGGGAAGCGCUCCCUCUCCAGCCGCCUGCCUGCACGCCCAGCAGCCACUGGACCCCAGGGAGGGAGGGAAACCCCCCACGCCCCAGCAUUCCCAAAGGUAAAGAGGCUGGGGCUUAAAUCAAUAAAUAAAUAUGUUAAUUUGAGUGAGUGUGUGUUAUUGAGUGUGUAUCUGUUAGUGAGUGUGAGUGUGUCUGUUAGUGUGUGUGUGUCUGAUAGUGAGUGUGUGUGUGUCUGAUAGUGAGUGAGUGUGUGUCUGUUAGUGAGUGUGAGUGUGUCUGUUAGUGUGUGUGAGUGUGUCUGUUAGUGUGUGUGUGCCUGUUAGCGAGUGUGUGUGUGUAUGUUAGUGUGUGUGUCUUAGUGUGUGUGUGUUAGUGAGUGUGUGUCUGUUAGUGAGUGUGUGGGUAUGUUAGUGUGUGUGUGUCUGUUAGUGUGUGUGUGUGCGUCUCAUAGUGAGUGUGUGUUAGUGAGUGUGUGUCUGUUAGUGAGUGUGAGUGUGUCUGUUAGUGUGUGUCUGUUAGUGUGUGUGUCUGUUAGCGAGUGUGUGUGUGUAUGUUAGUGUGUGUGUCUUAGUGUGUGUGUGUGUGUGUUAGUGAGUGUGUGUCUGUUAGUGAGUGUGGGGGUGACUGAGUUUUGUCCUGCCUAGGGCAGCAUCAAAACCAGGAUACACCACUGGCCAGCACACAAACUCACAAACACACACACUCUACAGCUGCAGUAACUCAGCCUUUCAUCCAUCUGAGGUUAAUUUAGAUGUGUAAAAACAAUAACAUUGUGACCCUCGGAUUAGUUAUUUCUCACACACACGGAUUAUAUACCGCCAGCACACACACACAUUAAAUACAACCAACAUACACACACACAUUACAUACAGCCAGCACACACACACACACAUUACAUAUAACCAACAUACACACACACAUUACAUACAGCCAGCACACACACACAUUACAUACAGCCAGCACACACACACAUUAAAUACAACCAACAUACACACACAUUACAUACAGCCAGCACACACACACACACACACAUUACAUACAACCAACAUACACACACACAUUACAUACAGCCAGCACACACACACACACAUUACAUACAGCCAGCACACACACACACACAGUACAGCUGCAGUAACUCAGCCUUUCCUCCGCCUGAGGUUAAUUUAGUUGGGUAAAAACAAUAACAUUGAGACUCUCGGAUUAGUUAUUUCUAUAUGGAAAUUCUUAUUAUAUUUUUUGUACAUCUUGCCUUGAGAAAGAGCUUAUUGCGGAAGUGUUAAAUGCUUAAUUUUAUCACUAUGUUGAAUCAGCGUGGUUAUCAGAUCAUGACCCACCUGAGGCUAGUUGGCCAAUAUGUCAGUGAUAUAAUAAAGCAAAACACACUUCACAAUAGUUCAGGGACACUCACCUUGCCUAGGUAACAAUUUAGAAGCAAAUCUUAGUGGGGUUUAGGUCUGCAACUGGGGCUGACAGGUCAUUAGACGGGGACAUACUGUGGUAGAGAGUUCUUGAAUAAUACUCCUCAUGUUUAGUUUUCUUCAUUGCGAUGUGUUUUUCAUUGUUAUGCAACUGACAUACGUCAUUUGAUGUAAAAUACUAAAUUAUCUCAUCCCUUCUAGAUAAAUGACAUUAUAACUAAUCUACCUGUGAUGUUACUUGAUGGGAAGAUCUCCAUUAGCAUAAGUGGCCUUAAUGCUGUAGUGAGUACGGACUUCAGUCUGCAAGUCUCGUAUGAAUAUGAUGGACGUGUUGUGGUCACACUGCCCAGCAGCUAUUAUGGGGCCACUGGUGGACUGUGUGGUAAUUUUAAUCAGAAUAGCGGAGAUGAGCUUAUUGGCAUUGAUAACAUACCAGUCACUUCAAUCAUAGACUGGGCCAAGAGCUGGAAAGUCAAUGACAGGGAUCCAUUCUGCUUGGAUGUCUGCCCUGGAAACUGCUCAACUUGCAAUGAGAGCGAAAAGAACCUGUAUGAAAGCAACCAGUUCUGUGGUCUCAUCAGUGGGACUGAAGAUGGCCCCUUUAGGGAAUGUCAUGCUAAAGUUAAUCCAGAUGAAUUCUUCAACAACUGUAUCCAUGAUGUCUGUACUCAUGGUGGUGCAAAACAAUUUCUGUGCCAGGCUCUUAGUGCUUAUACUGAUGUCUGCCAGAGACAGGGUGCUAAAAUCUACGACUGGAGGACACCUUCUGAAUGUUGUAAGUCAUGAGGCAAGAAGAGAUUUCUCAUACAGUAGACUCUUCAAUGUUCAACCAAACGUAGUUUGUAAAAUUAGAGGUUAUAUUUUAUAUAUUACAUUACAAUACAGUCAUAAUAAAUAGAAUGUCCAUAUCUUGCCCUCAUCCAUAAAAAUCUGAAAAAUAUUACUCAUGACAUGUAUGAAGAACAUAUUUAUGUGAUAGUACCAUGUAAUGUAUAUAAAUAUAGAUUUACCCUUUAUUUCAGCUCUGAGUUGCCCUCUUAACAGCCACUAUGAAUUGUGUGGCAAUGCCUGCCCAGCCAGCUGCUUUUAUCAAACUGCCCCAGCUCGAUGCACCAAUUAUUGUGUGGAGACUUGCCAAUGUGAUGAUGGCUUUGUCCUCAGUGCCGAUAAGUGUGUUCCGGUUGGAAAAUGUGGUUGCAGCUACAAUGGAGCCUAUUACAGGUCUAGCCAGCAAUUCUGGUCUGAUCAGAAAUGUUCUAUGCUUUGCAAAUGUGACCCAAAUGUUGGUUUUGUGAUUUGUGCAAGAAGUCGCUGUAAAGCAGAUGAGGAGUGUAAGGUGCUACAUGGAAUCCGCAAAUGUCAGCCCAACAGCUUUUCAACCUGUUCCAGUACCGGUGAUCGUCAUUACACAACAUUUGAUAGCAUGAGAUUUGACUUCAUGGGCACCUGCAUGUACCAGCUAGUAGGCGUCACCUCCAGCGAUUCAUCUCUUAUUCCUUUUGUUGUCAUUGAAAGGAAGAAGAGUCGUGGAAACAGGGUUAUAUCAUACACCAAGGUCAUCACUCUACAUGUCUAUGGUGUGAUUAUAACCCUUAGUAUGGAUUUCCCCUAUCAUAUUCUGGUAUGUAUAACUUUUAGGGCAACUGUAGAAGUUUGGGUCAAGAAUAGACCAUAGUGUCUGUAUUAUAUGGUAUUAAAUCAAUGCAGCAUUCUGAUAAUACCUAACAAGGCUCCUGGCAUUUGGUGGCCUCUGUUUUUAUCAAGUACUAGGAAAUUAAAUAGAUCAAUGUAUUCUUUCCCACCAUUGGUGUACUACUGAAGGCUGGUGUCCUGCAAGCCAGAGAAGAUUAUUGUGAUUAAGGAUGACAAUAGUUCUUCCUACCCAGGAACAGUCUUUAUGAUUACUUCCUGGCAGCCCAUGCAGUGCACCAGUGCCCAACAGUAUUGACAAGCAAAACGUUUCUAGAUAGUUCAAAUAAACGUCUCUUAUUUUGAGGGAAUUUGAGAAUGAGCACUUCUCUGUCCUAUUAUUAUCUGAUCUAUCCCACUCUAUAUGAACCCUGUAUGCUGGAAUACAUGAUGACAUGGUCCUGCUGUCAUGGGGGUCCUUUACAAAGUGCAUGGACAGAGAGAACCAAUGAUGAAAGUAUUCAGAACUCUGACUCCCUCUACUAUAAGCCCAUUACCACAGAUGGUGAACAAGAAAGAUGUGCCUUGCUUUGUGUGUGUCUCUGUAAGAGUCAUUCUGUGUCUGUUAAAGUGAUUAUUUGUCUGUAAGAGUAAUUCUGUGUCUGUAAGAGUGAUUAUGUGUCUGUAAGAGUCAUUCUGUGUCAGUAAGAGUGAUUCUGUGUCCGUAAGAGUGAUACUGUGUAUGUAAGAGUAUCAAUGUGUGAGUUUCUGAGUGUAUCUACGAUUGUUUGUGAAAGUGUCUGUGUCUUUUCUCCUAUGUUCUGGCUUUUUGUACAUUAUUUGCUGCAUAUUGACUCUAUUGGUUUGGUAGUUUGAAACUAGCGAACACCGACCACCCUCCUGGCUCAUUAACUUCCAAAGAUCCGUCUAUUAAGCGCUCUCUCUGGGCGGCCGCUGUUCGUAUAGCUGAAUGCCACGUGGAACAGAAAACGGCUGCCAUCUUGUUCGCACGAAAGGAGGCAGUGGGACUUGGUCGUCGAGUGUCUGGAACUAAAAUCGGACACUUGACCCCAUGAACCACCGCUGAAACUACCAAACGCCUGCUUCCUUUAGUUGCCGAACUGCCAGGAGAGCGCCAUUUGGUAGUUUUGUGCAAACGGACAAGGGGAGUAAUCGCUCCUAUGAGCCAGGAGGAUCCAUUCGGUACUUUCUUCGGUUUUGACCUUUUUCUGAAUUGACCGACCGCACACGCUGAAUUCGUGGAACUAUUUUGGGCAGGAGCCUCGUGUGUGGUCGGUAAAAUAUGACUUCCACACUUUUUAAGAACCCCUGAACCGAUCUGGGUGAAAUUUGGAUAUGUUGGUCUCCCAGAUCGGGGCUAUCAGGGGAUAAUUUGCGGGGAUACCUUGUGGGGAAAGGGGAGUUCUAUGUUUUGGGGAAAUCGUGUGCUCUCUGCCUGGAGAUAAUUGGUUUAUUCCUUAACUUAUCUCAAUAUCUCCCAGGCAGAGAUAGGGCAGGAAUUACUGUAAAUCUGUAGGUUGAUUGGUUGUUGUCUUUGUUUGCUGUGGGAGGUCCUCUUGCAGGAGGAUUUCUUAUAAAAGCCAGUGUGUUCUCAAUAAAGAUCAGUUCUGUUACACCCUUUAUGAAGUCUAGGCUCAUGUUUGGGGAAUAUUUCAUCUGCUGAGGAGAAUCAUCUUGGAAGCUGCAUUCAUCUUCACUAUUCCUCUAAUUCUUUCCUUAUGCUCAGCCCUAAGGAAAGGAAUAGAAGACUGCAGUACCAUAACCACUGCAGAUCUUAACAAUGUCUAAGAAUACAUGAGUUAGUAUGAAUGAUUAAUGAAGCAUGUUGGGGAGUGUGGCAAACCUAGCCACUUCAGACUAUUCUUUUAUAUCUCUAGUGGUUGUCGUGAAAAGGCUGUUUAACCUAGGUUGUUUUGUGUGUUCGCUUGUAGAGGUGAUAGAGGACAUUCGUAUGCUAGUGGCGUGAAAGCCACUAGCAUUCAUAUGGUAGUUUCACGAACAGUGACUUUCAACACUGUUCGUGAAACGAACAAAGUACCGAAUGGGAGACCACACACAGGAGGUCGUGUGGCUCCCAUUAACAGAUUGCAACAUUGUAGCAUUCCCCAGUUAAUAGAUUUGUGGGGUGGCCGCCGUUCAGAUACCGACCACGCGGUGGCUGCCAUCUUGGAAUCACUUUUACCCCAGCGGUGUUUGGUUGUCGAGUGUCUGGAACUAAAAUUGGUUACUCAAUGGCACGUACACCGCUGAACUUCCAGACUGCUCGGGAACACCGGUCUUUCGGUACUUUUGCUCAAACUAUGUAUUUGUGUCUUUUAUUGAGAAUUCAUAUUAAAAUGUAUUUUGUGUGGCGUUCUGCUAAUUGUGCUGGGAUCUGAGUGGCAAUCUACCGAAAUAUGCGCUCAGAUCCCAGCUAUCUACCCAUAUGUCAUUCGUUCCAAUAGCACGAAUAAUGUGCCAGUUACAUAUUUUUGAGUGAAAAGCCGGUUCUGCUGUACGGAGGGAUAGUCUACGUAACAGGAUAUUCUGUGGGAGCAUCCCUCUCGUACAGCAGUGCAUGGUGGGAGAAAUGUCCUGCAUGUUCAGUUCCCCAUGUAGUCCCCUACUGUAUAGCCCUGCAAAGUGACUAAGGAAAACCCUUGCAUGGGGAAUCACAUAAAUAUUGGAGCUUGUGAAUAAAAUUCAGCUGACUCCCAGAACUGUGUUUCGUCCGGUUACUGGGGGAUUUGGGAUAUUGCCUUCAUUUUCAGCGCUUUACUUGGAUUACUUUCUUUUACCAGUGGAGAUAUUGGGAUUUAAUAUUGCAGCUCCGCUACUGGGAGUACUAAGCGUUACGGAAUAUGUUGCUGUUUUUGAAAAAUGUUAUUAUAAUUAUUAUUAUUAUUUUUAUGAAUUGGUGAGCGAACUCAAAAUAUUUUGUUGCCCUUUAUAACUCUUUCUAUACACAUGAAUAAUUGGUUGAAGUCCUAAUUCAACACCCUUGGAGGUUUAGCAAGCAUAACAUUGUAGGAUAUUAAGUGUGUCUGUAAAGUACAUAAUGCUUAGUAUGCUUUGUUUUUUAUUUUUUUUGGUUUUUAAAUAUCCUUUUUUUUUUUUGCAAACUAAAACUUUGUAUGGAAUUUCAGAUAUUUUAUAGAGAAUUUCCCACCCCUUUACAAGCACAAAAUCCCGAAAAAUACAAUGUAGGCGGAUUAUCCUGAUGUCAGCACUUUCCAGAAUUAUCUUCUAGAAAUCUAAAACGUGCAUAAAAUGAGCUCAGUGCAACUGAUAAUACUGGGUGAUUGUCUGCCUAUUGUAAACCCAGCUGUUUGUGUUUCUUAUCUAGAUUGAUGGGGUGCUCACUGCAAUCCCCUUCUACUAUCAAACCAACAAAGUGGCUGCAUAUAUGAGUGGGAGCCAAUGUGUCAUAAAAACAGAUUUUGAUGUCACUGUAACCUAUGAUUGGAAUAGCUAUGUGUCAGUCACUGUACCAAGCUCUUACUCCAAUGCUGCCGUGGGUUUGUGUGGUAAUUUUAACCAGAAUCCCAGUGAUGAUUUCACCAUGAAAAAUGGGACUGUUACAACCAAUGUGGUGGAGUUAAGUAAUAGCUGGAAGGUAGGUCGUGUCAGUGGGUGCACCUCAGAAUGUACUCAAAACUGCCCACAGUGUUCAGAGUCUCAGAAAGAAAAUUACAGGACUGAAAAAUACUGUGGAAUUAUUACCAAUACCAUGGGGCCGCUAAGUGACUGUUUUUCUGUCAUUGACCCAAAACCUUAUUUUGAUGACUGUGUGUUUGAUACAUGCAUAUACAUGGGUCACCCAUCCUCAUACUGUGCUGCCAUCACCCUCUAUGUGUCUUUCUGUCAGGCUGCUGGGGGCAAAGUCCAAGAAUGGAGAUCAUCUACUUUCUGUCGUGAGUUCCUUUGAGAUUCUUUCCUUCUUUUUUUUUUAUAAUAUUAGUGAUAGAACAUAGCACUGUGCCCUUCUAAUGCAUGUAUCUCAUCAGCACAGGUAUUCUGACUAUUCUGAGGGUCUUGUUGCUUGUAGCAGGAAUGGGACAUAAUUCAAAAUUCCAGUGAUCAGAAUCAAGUUAUUAUAGUUGACAGUAAAAUGAUGAUCAUUAUUAUUAUUUUGUCUCCACUUAUCAGCCUCUCUGUCUCUCUUAUCUUGAUAGCUCCAUCGUGCCCUAGGAACAGCCACUAUGAAUUAUGUGGAAAUGGCUGCCCUGCUACAUGUUAUGCCCUAUCAGCCCCUGUUAGUUGUACAUUUCAAUGUAAAGAAGGCUGUUACUGCAACAAUGGCUUCAUCCUGAGUGGCCAGACGUGUGUUUCCAUUGUCGAGUGUGGCUGCAUCUACCAGGAAAAAUAUUACCAGCAGAAUAAAGUUUUCUACCCAGACGACAAAUGCAAUAGAAUAUGCACAUGUAGAAAGAAUGGGAUUGUGAAAUGUGAGGAAGUACAAUGCAAAGAUAACACAGAAUGCAGUGUGGUCAAAGGAGUCCGUGGCUGUUAUGGAGUGGGACGUGGCACAUGUGUGACUUAUGGAAGUUCUCACUAUGUUUCCUUUGAUGGCCUUGCCUUUGAUUUUCAAGGCACGUGUGCAUACACUCUUUUAAAGACAAUGCUCUCUGCCUUCCCAAUGCCAGUGUUUUCUGUUACGGUGGAGAAUGAACGUUCUGAACAAGUGACAGUGACAAGAAUGUUGGUAAUCUCUGUGUACGGAUAUUCUGUGACUAUAGAUAGAGAAAUAACAUGGAAAGUGAAGGUAAGUUAGUUGCUGAAAAUAUGCACUGUGAGAACAAAUACUCGUUUAAAGUGAUCUGGAGAUCCACAUACAAAUGUAAAGCUAUACUUAGCGGUAGCUUGCUUAUACUAUGAUACAAUGGCUAUUAAUGUAAGGGAUGCGAGGUUGUGGUAUGUCACAUGAGGCCAGGAUCGGUGCAGCCACCUGUGGAAACCAUACUGUAAAGGGAAAAAAAGAAUAACAAAAAACAAUGAAAAAAAUAAUAAAAAAAACAAAACUAGGAGCAUUUCCAUUCCUUCCUUAAAUGAGUUCACUCGUUCACCAUAGAAACCUUUUAGAUUUGAUUUUAGAAUGGUCAUUCCAUUAAAAACAAAUCUAAUGAGUUUUUAUGGCAGACAAAUCGAUUUAUUUAAGAAUGAGUGCAACAAUGCACAUUUCUAACUUAUUUGAAAUAUGUGAUACCUAGCUAGCUUAUAAAUAUAUAAUACAACCUCAAUUUGUGUCUACAGUGCUAAGCUGACAAACUUGUACAUUAACACAAUUUUUAUUUUUCACUUAUUCGUUUAGCCUUUAUAAAAAUAUUUGGGAAAUUAAAAGCUUUACACAUAAUUCACUGUCAUUUAUCUUCAGUGGCGUAUACACCAUCCACGGGGCCUGGUGCGAAACUGAUCCAUUUUCCCCCUCUGACUCCCUGUCCUUCCUCCCGCGCGGGCUCUGUCUGAUUGCUGGGAGGAGUGACCGGGGCAGUAACUUCCUCCCAGCUCUGUCUGAUGUCAUCACAGGGAACCCUUGCUGCGCGGGCUGGAGCCGCAAAAAUGGCGGCUGGUAGAGGGCCGCAGCCAGGGCAACCAGGCCCCCUGGAGUGACGGGCCUGAUCGUAGCUGCGACCCCUGCGACCCCUAUAUGUACGCCAGUGUUUAUUUUGCAACACAGUGUUUGAAAUGUUAGUAUGAAACCAGAAAUACAUUUUUUUCUCACCUGCAGUAGGUGAUAGAUAAUCAAAAUGGUCAAAUACCUUGCUUAUUGCAAAGACCCAAAUAUAUAACUAGCUGUAUACCUUAUUGACAAUGGUAACAGAAUGUAAAAAUAAUGUAAGGAAACCAAGUGCAUUUAAACCUUAAUCGGUAGUUUCCUCCCGAACCGCCAGAGCCCAGUGAAUAUAGCCCUCCGUCCGGUAGUUAUGGUAGACGAAUUCCCAAUUGUAAAUCCAAUAGUGUCCCUGGAUAAUUCCCACAGUAAAACACACAAACUCCCAAACAGCAUACGUAGUCAGAAUAAGGGUACAAAGAUGAACUGAAGGUGUAAUGACAGGCAUGCUCUUUUUAUGGAAUUCUGCCCAUGCAAGGGAGCCUCCCAUAUAAUUAGCCAUACAUCCAAUCCUAACAAUAUACAUACUGUACAUCUCCUCCCCUCAGAUAACCAUUAAACACAAUUAAAACGUAACAGAAAUAAUUUUGUCCCCAGAUAGCUGUUCUCUGGGGGACCAACAUAUAAAAAACUCAGUUCAUGCGGUUCAGGCAUUCGGGAGAUAUGGGACUUAGAAGUUUUGACCGACUGCACGGGCAAAGUAGCCGAAAACAGUUCCAUGAAUUCUGGCCCUGCAGUCAGUCUUAGGUCGCAUUAAAAACCUCCCGAACGGUCGGCCAUCCAGCUACCAUCCUUGGUUCGCUUGAUUCCCCAUCCGUUAGUAAGUCUUUCUACCGAACGCCCGGACGUUCGGUAGUUUGGAAGGGGGUUUACCGAAAGUCUGGAGGCUUCAGCGGUGUUUGCCUGUUUGAGUGUCCGUUUUCAGUUCCAGACACUCAACGGCAAACACCACUGUUCAGGAGCUAAAAUGGCCACGAAGUUCCGAAAUGACGGCGAGACAUGCCGUUCGUGCAGAACUUCUGUCGAACGUAAUCCAGCCAGCAAGGGGGUACAGUCUGUAUAAUGGGCAACAGGGUGGUCUGCAUUCGGUAGUUUUACCUACCGAAUGCCAUAGGGAACAUUACUAUUAAACAAACGAAUACAAAGAGUCAAUUUACAGUAUAAGAGGGGCAUUUCUUCACAAAUAAUAUCUGCAUUUGUUUUUUUAUAAAACAAUUAAAAAAUGAUGUCUAAAAUAAAUAUAGUUAAAACAGCUAUUGCAAUCUUUAUCAAUCUCUGGAAUGCUAAUGCAAAGCUGGCAGUGGAAUGGUAGAGUCCAUUAAUUUCUUCGCCUCCAUGACUGUAGGUAUAAUAGGAUCCAUUGAAACCUAUUUUACUGUUUGGAAGCAGGAGAUGGGCUGCCAUUUUCAGAACAUGCAGAGGCUAAAAGUAAUGGUCCUUCUCAUAGAGAAUAACACAUUUUGAAUCAGAAUCACUCCCAGCUGAUUUAGUAGAAACUUGCACAAAACAAACAUACAAAGACACCCCCGCCCAUUAAUAACAGCCCUGUGCCUGAACAGGUCUAAUAAUAAUCAUGGAACUGCUUGUUGGCCUUGUGUGGCACAUUGUCAGCGUGCUGGGCUACCUUUAAAGGCAUUUUUCUGGUAAGUUGCUAAUGGGAGUAGUUUGCAUAGUUUGGUAGUUUGUAUCAGAAUGUCCUCUGAAAAUCCAUCAAAAUGUGUGAAUCUAUCUGCUCGAAAAAAUCAAUAAACCGAUUUAUAUUUUCAUUUAAGGAGAGGGGCUAAAUCUGAAUGGAAAGGAAGAAUGCUAACAUUAGAACCUAGUACUCCAACCGAGUACCUCUGCCAGGUCUGCUUCCUCGUAGCUAUCAGGGACCCUGGAGCACUUCAGACCCAGUCACCGAGGCUUGACUGGGAUCACUGAGGGUCCUUUUUCCUCUGGACCAGGCUACUGUGUCUAGAGCACCAGAGACACUAUCCAUCAAAAGAUUUCUCCAAACACCAGAUGACACUUGGUGAAGGUUAAAACAGCAACUAACUUUAAUAGACAUAGAACACAUUUAAACCCCCAACAGCCUCAUUUACAUACAAUAGUGCAUAGAGCACUAUAGUACAAGGAAAGGUGGGGUCAGACAAUAGCAAGGGCUGAUGGUAAACUGAGGAGGGACAGGGCAGAUAGUUUAAAUUGGUCUGGCAGUGUCCCUGGGAAAGCGCCCUGCUGGGGAAACAAUAGGACAGGAAAAAGGGGGAGGGGGAGAGGCACAGACAAGCAAUACAUUCAACAUAACCUGCACCAAUACUAGGCAAAGGGUGAUCAAAACACAAGAGGGAUUUGGGGACCCGCACAUAAUGUCUGUCUUCCAUCCUCAAUGAUGGUGACUACUGUCACACAUGGUUUGACUGAGAUUUGAACCUGAGUUUCCUAGUUUAAAGGCAGUGAAGUUACCACUGCUCUAACCAUCAAGUAAAGUAAAAUAUCAAAACUUUCACAAUGUAAAUAAUGCCUUACCUACAAGCACUAUUGAGCAAUGCAUCUAAACCAACUGGGAAUGCAAAAUAUUUUAUGGUGUUCAUGUAGACAAAAUUAAUGGUAAUUUGGUUAAUGUCACCUGCAGGUCGAUGGAGUUUUGCACAAUUUGCCAUUGACACUUUUAGAUGGCGGUAUCUCAGUUAACCAAGAGGGGAAGAAUGUCAUCCUGCAGACGGACUUUGGACUUCAGGUUCUGUAUGACACUGCCAGCUUUGUGUCCCUCAGUCUCCCUAGCUCAUACUUUGCCAAUCUAGAAGGUCUGUGCGGUAACUUUAAUGGACUCCAGCAAGAUGAUUUCAGGCUUCCUGAUAACACUGUUACAGAUAAUGUAGAUAUAUUUGGAGAGUCCUGGAAAGUAAACAUUUCAGAUGCAAACUGCUACAAUGGAUGUGGAUACCAAUGUCCGACAUGUCAAAAGAGCAAAAUGAAGCCUUACAUGGGCACAACCUCCUGCGGCAUUAUCACCAAUCUGGAUGGGCCAUUUAAAGCAUGCCACAACGUUAUUAAGCCAGAAAACUAUUUCUCAGCCUGCACUUCUGAUUUAUGUAUUUCUAAAGGAAAAACCAAUAUUCUCUGUACAAGCCUACAGGCUUAUACCGCUGCAUGUCAAGCUGCGGGCGCUGCUGUCUUGUCCUGGAGGAAGCCUACCUUCUGCAGUAAGUAUGCUGUUAUUUUAUGAAUCAUAUCACCGUGUGUCAAGGUUGCUGGGUAUAGCUCAGAUGCAGAGAUAAUAGCAGUGAUUCUUAUUAAAGAGAUAGGCUAAACAAAUCAGGGAAAGAAAUCCAGGCAAUAGUAAAUAGGGCAAAUACAACACAGACAUUGAUUCCAUUCUAGCAUUAAAAUCCAGCCAACAACUAUCAACUGGUUUCAGACAAUAUUUUUUUCAAAUUUUAACUGGAUUUAUUCAUAUUAUAAAAUAAUUCUAGCAGCAAAACGCACUAAAUAGGACAGCUGUUCGAGAAGUAUUGCCUGAUAGAUGUGCUACAGAAGGACAUUUAUUGUACUUUUUUAAUAGCAAUCGCUUUAGACAUUAAAAAAACAAAAUUAAGUUAAAGCCUAUGGGGGUCACCACGACCCCAUUAUUAAUAUAGAAGACGUUUUAAACCUCUCCCAUGCCCCCACUCACCAUGCCACAAAUGUAGACGUCCACUAAAUGUUAAAUAGUAUGCUGCUUGCUACAAUGAAAGACUAGUGACUGGGCAGCAAUAGCAUUGCUAAUAGUAGGGGCCCACGGCACAGGACCCCCUUCUAUGCCCCCAUGAGCAUCUGUUGGGGUCUCUAAAAUAAAAAAUAGUGGUUGGUCAGAUCACAGUAGGGCUCUAAUAAACAAAAUUACAUGGGUGGACAUAGUUUGGUUCCCUGUGCUCCCAAUAUGGGGAGUUAAAUAAAUAAAUAAUAAUGGGGUGGGCAUAGUGUCCUCCUGUAACCCCAUAAUGGGGCUUCAAAUAAAUGAUAAAGUGGGAGGACAGAGUGUUUCCCCAUGCCCAUACCCAAGUAUGGCGCUGAAUAAAUAUUGUUUGUGAAUAAUUUUUAAAAAGGAAGAAAAGAAGAAAUAUAUAUGUAUAUAUAAUUUCAUCUCCUUAAAUAUGAUCCUAUUUUUAAUAAUUGCAGUUAAUUAUUUAGAGACCUUUGUAGGAUGGAUUUUAUGUUAAUAUUAUGCUAUACGUCCAGCUCUUAGUUGCCCGACCAAUAGCCACUAUGAAAUUUGCUCCAUGAGCUGUGCGAAGACUUGCUUUGACAUCGCAGCACUAACCACUUGUACAGACCAAUGCUUCGAGGGAUGCGAGUGCAAUGAAGGCUUUCUGUUUGAUGGAGACCAAUGUGUACCUCUGGACAAAUGCGGCUGUGUCUUCGAAGGAAAGUAUUUAAUGGUAAGGAAAGGUUUAAGUGAAGAUUUUAUUUUAAUGAGUUGAUGUGAAUAAGAAACACAUCAUGUUAGUAAUACAUACUUUUUUAUGACAUUAAGGCUGCGUAAUAUCCAUUUAACAUUUUGCAGUAGACAUACCAUGAUCGCUGAUCCAUAACCCAGCCAUCCCAUUGCUCCAAAUAACACACAGAGACAUCAUUAUGUGGAUAAGGGCAAUGGCCUCACCUUUAAUAAACUUAGAAACAUGCCAGCAUUAACAUUCUGAACCACCUGCCAGCCGUUGGGAGGGGGGAGAGUUACCCAACAGGCUGCUCUUCCAUGCUGUUCCCUUGAGUCCAACACAGUCUGCAUACUGCCAUCAGCCCCUCCAAACUAUGACUCCUCAAGCUGACUCAGCACAUCAGGUCUAUUUCUACAGUGCUAACAAGGAAUACUGCCUGCUGUAACAAAACAUAAACAAAAAACACAGACAAUGCAUAAACAGUAUUGCAACUGGAACCUGGGUGGCUUGGAGGGAAACUACACCAGGCUUGCUCAACUCCUUCUUUGCUUGACUGGUAAGUCUCCACCAUUAUUCCCCGUUUAAGUGCUAUCCCCAAAUUUGCAACACUGUAACCCCCAAGUCCAUUUCCCAAACUAAUGGACAGCGGUCAUGUUCCCCCUUCCCCAGGUGUCACAGGGAAUUCUUUAUAGUACACAGAAUUGUAAUGCUUGUAAUAUCUUUAUUGAAUAACCUUGUAAGCUUUCAUUGAGAUCCUGGAUUAGCAGCACGCUGAUAAUAAAUAGUAAGAGGAGAUAUUUAAUGACAUGCUUCAUUAGACUCUCACCCAGUAUCAUCUCCUUCAAAAAAUCAUUGAAAACUCACUUCUUCAGGAAUAUGAAUUCAAUUGUUAAAAGCUUUCCCUCCCGACUCCUACCAUACUUCCUCUCCUGCAUCAUCAACACAUGUGUAAACUCCUCUAGCAACCUACUUUUUCCAUCUCACUUUACCCCUCUCUUCCUAUAGUUUAAGAUGGCCUGAGACUUGCUCAAACAAGCUUACAAUCUAUGGUAGGCAGAUAUAUACAUUGGAUGUCUUGCCCAAAGAGACUUGCUAACAUGGUUUGACCGAGAUUUAAACUUGACCUUUCCAGUUUAUAUAAUAUCAUUAUUCUAACCAUCAAGUGACAUGUGUACCCAAUGUAGAUCUUUCUCAGAACUUGCACAGUGUAAAUAACGCCAUACCUACAAGCACUACAGUCCAAAAGGUAAAUAUGGGGCUCGGCUUGGCCAAGUACAACAUAAGGAAACAUAGAAACAUAGAAUGUGACGGCAGAUAAGAACCAUUCGGCCCAUCUAGUCUGCCCAAUUUUCUAAAUACUUUCAUUAGUCCCUAGCCUUAUCUUAUUGUUAGGAUAGCCUUAUGCCUAUCCCACGCAUGCUUAAACUCCUUUACUGUGUUAACCUCUACCACUUCAGCUGGAAGGCUAUUCAUGCAUCCACUACCCUCUCAGUAAAGUAAUACUUCCUGAUAUUAUUUUUAAACCUUUGUCCCUCUAAUUUAAGACUAUGUCCUCUUGUUGUGGUAGUUUUUCUUCUUUUAAAUAUAGUCUCCUCCUUUACUGUGUUGAUUCCCUUUAUAUAUUUAAAUGUUUCUAUCAUAUCCCUCCUGUCUCGUCUUUCCUCCAAGCUAUACAUGUUAAGAUCCUUUAACCUUUCCUGGUAAGUUUUAUCCCGCAAUCCAUGAACCAGUUUAGUAGCCCUUCUCUGAACCCUCUCUAAGGUAUCAAUAUCCUUCUGAAGAUACGGUCUCCAGUACUGUGUACAAUACUCCAAGUGAGGUCUCACCAGUGUUCUGUACAAUGGCAUGAGCACUUCCCUCUUUCUACUGCUAAUACCUCUCCUAUACAACCAAGCAUUCUGCUAGUAUUUCCUGCUGCUCUAUUACAUUGUCUGCCUACCUUUAAGUCAUCAGAAAUAAUCACCCCUAAAUCCCUUUCCUCAUAUGUUGAGGUUAGGACUCUAUCAAAUAUUCUGUACUCUGCCCUUGGGUUUUUACGUCCAAGAUGCAUUAUCUUGCACUUAUCCACAUUAAAUGUCAGUUGCCACAAUUCUGACCAUUUUUCUAGUUUACCUAAAUCAUUUGUCAUUUGGCUUAUCCCUCCUGGAACAUCAACCCUGUUACAUAUCUUAGUAUCAUCAGCAAAAAGACAUACCUUACCAUCAAGACCUUCUGCACUAUCACUAAUAAAAAUAUUAAAGAGAAUGGGUCCAAGUACAGAUCCCUGAGGUACCCCACUGGUGACAAGUCCAAGCUUUGAAUAUAUUCCAUUAACUACAACCCUCUGUUGCCUGUCACUCAGCCACUGCCUUACCCAUUCAACAAUAUUGGAAUCCAAACUUAAAGAUUGCAGUUUAUUGAUAAGCCUUCUAUGUGCAACAGUGUCAAAAGCCUUACUGAAAUCUAGGUAAGCAAUGUCUACUGCACCACCCUGAUCUAUAAUUUUAGUUACCCAAUCAAAAAAAUCAAUAAGAUUAGUUUGGCAUGAUCUCCCUGAAGUAAACCCAUGUUGUCUCUGAUCUUGAAAUCCAUGUGUUUUAGAUGUUCAUCAAUCCUAUCCUUUAACAUGGUUUCCAUCACUUUCCCCACUACUGAAGUAAGGCUUACUGGCCUAUAGUUGCCUGACUCCUCCCUAUUACCUUUCUUGUAAAUGGGCACAACAUUCGCUAACUUCCAAUCUUCUGGGACUACUCCUGUUAACAAUGAUUGGUUAAAUAAAUCUGUUAAUGGUUUUGCUAGUACACCACUAAGCUCUUUUAAUAGCUUUGGGUGUAUUCCAUCAGGUCCCAUUGACUUAUUUGUCUUUACUUUUGACAGUUGAAAUAGAACCUCUUCCUCUGUAAACUCACGUGUAAUAAAUGACUCAUUUAUCCCUUUUCUCAACUGAGGUCCCUUUCCUUCAUUUUCUUCUGUAAAUACAGAACAAAAAUAUUCAUUGAGGCAGUCAGCCUGACCUUUAUCCUCUUCUACAUACCUUCCUUCUUUUGUUUUUAAUCUAACUAAUCCUUGUUUUACUUUUCUUUUCUCAUUUAUGUAUCUAAAAAAUGUUUUAUCCCCUUUUUUACUGACUGUGCUAUUUUCUCUUCUGUGUGUGAUUUGGAAGCUCUUAUAACUUGCUUAGCCUCUUUCUGCCUAAUCUUAUAGAUCAUUUUGUCUUCCUCACUCUGGGUUUUUUUAUAAUUCCUAAAUGCUAACUUUUUGUUUUUAACUAUUUUGGCCACAUCUGCGGAGUACCACAGUGGUUUCUUGAAUUUUUUUGCUUUUACUGACGAGCCUAAUGCAAUUUUCUGUUGCCUUCAAUAGUGCAACUUUUAAAUAAUCCCAUUUUUCUUGGACUCCAUUUAAAUUGCUCCAGUCUGAUAAUGACUCCUCUACCCAUAUUCUAAUUUUAGAAAAGUCUGUUUUUCUAAAGUCUAAAACUUUUGUUUUUGUGUGGUGUGACUCAGUCACUGUUCUUAUAUUAAACCACACUGACUGAUGAUCACUGGAUCCUAAACUUUCACCUACAGUAACAUCUGAUACCAAAUCUCCAUUUGUUAACACUAAAUCUAGUAUGGCCUCUUUACGAGUUGGCUCCUCAACAACUUGUUUUAGAGACAAUCCCAGUAGGGAGUUUAGAAUAUGUGUGCUCCUGGCACAAGUAGCUAAUUUUGUUUUCCAAUUUACAUCAGGAAGAUUAAAGUCACCCAUGAUGAUAACUUCCCCUUCAUUGUCAUUUUAGCUAUUUCCUCAACUAGUAGAUUAUCUAACUCUUCAAUUUGUCCUGGGGGCCUAUAAAUCACACCUACACGAGUUACUGUGUGAUUACCAAAUUCUAACGUAGCCCAAACGGACUCUAUGUUUGCCUCACUAACUUUUAUUAGGCUAGAUUUUAUGCUAUCCUUCACAUACAAGGCCACCCCUCCCCUUUCUUGCCUUCCCUAUCUUUCCUAUAUAAAGAGUACCCUGGUAUUGCUAUGUCCCAGUCAUUUUUCUCAUUGUACCAUGUCUCAGUAACAGCGACUAAAUCUACACUAUCAGUUGCCAUUAUUGCCACAAGUUCAUGGAUCUUAUUCCCUAAACUGCGUGCAUUUGUAGACAUGACUCUAAGCUAAGCAUUUUUUAACACACUUGCUACAGGCACCUUCUGUCCUGGUUUUGGGGGACAAUUGGAUUGAUGUUUAAUCACCCUUUUGCCCCCCCCCCUCCUAGUUUAAAUACAUCCUAGCAAAACCUCUGAACUGCUCACUGAGAACAUUUGUUCCCUUUUGAGAAAGAUGCAAACCAUCUUUUUUGUACAGCUUAUCUCUAUUCCAAACAGAGCUACCAUGAGAAAUAAAGCCAAAUCCUUGCUCCCGACACCAUUCACCAAGCCACAAAUUAAAGUCCCUAAUACACAUCCGCCUGUCAUUCUGAGUGUUAUGCACAGGCAGAACUUCAGAGAAUGACAGUGUGGAAGCAACCUGCCGUAUAUCAUUGGCAAAACACUAAAAACUUCCUUAACCUCUGAAACCUCAUUGCAAGCCAAGUCAUUUGUCCCUAGAUGGACAAGUACAUCCAAUUCCCCUUCCUGCUUUGCUUGCUUAACAAUAUUACAGAUACGUCUCAUGUCUCUGUGAGCAGUAGCUCCGGGAAGACACCUCACAAGACCACCAUUGUCCAUCUCCACACCUCUUAUAAUGGAAUCACCCAACAACAACUGCUUUCUAUUAGGCCUCACCAUAGUCUCCAAGCCGGUCUCCACAACACCACUAGGCUCAGUGCCUCUCUCCACAACACCACUAGCCUCAGCGCCUCUCUCCACAACACCACUAGCCUCAGCGCCUCUCUCCACAACACCACUAGCCUCAGCGCCUCUCUCCACAACACCACUAGCCUCAGUGCCUCUCUCCACAACACCACUAGCCUCAGUGCCUCUCUCCACAACACCACUAGCCUCAGUGCCUCUCUCUACAACACCACUAGCCUUAUUGCCUCUCUCCACAACACCACUAGCCUCAGUGCCUCUCUCCACAACACCACUAGCCUCAGUGCCUCUCUCCACAACACCAUUACACUCUGAAAGUGCAGAAAAUGAAUUAUGAAGAGCAACAGACUGUGCAAAAUGCCUUUUAUCCACAACUCUAAGUCUACCAGAUCCUACAGUAAUCCAUCUGCCUUUCCUAGCAUGUCUCUGCGGCAGUGGCUUUGCAGCAGUUCCAGUCUGAGUUUCUUCACCAGAUAAUUUACAAAUCUCAGACUUCAAAAAUACAAUCUCCUGCCGCAAGAUAGAGAACUGUCUACAGAUUAGACAACAACCAAACCUCCAAAAAGUGGAACGUGAAACAAAUGCAUAGCAAUUGUUACACUGAACUAAGCCUGCCAUUCCAAUUAUGAGAAUAAUUUAAAUCUAACAAAUCUUAACUUUUUUCUUUAUCCUCCUGAAUACCUCAGAUUACCUCCAGGUUACUACACACUUCUCUCCAGAAUAUCUCCAACUACACACUUAGAAACAGCACUCUCCAGAAUAUCUCCAACUACACACUUAGAAACAGCACUCUCCAGAAUAUCUCCAACUACACACUUAGAAACAGCACUCUCCAGAAUAUCUCCAACUAGACACUUAGAAACAGCACUCUCCAGAAUAUCUCCAACUAGACACUUAGAAACAGCACUUUGAAGUAGCACCAAGCUAUAUUAGACAAGCUAAUGCCACCAGGCCUUAUAUAACUCCUAAAAUCACCGCCCACUAGGAAUGUUUAACACCUGGGUAGGCCUUUGCUUAUUUGCAAAUAAUUAACCAGCAAUCAACAGCAAGUAACUAGCUUAAUCAAAUCAAAUGCCUUAUAAUUACCAACAGGAAUUCAAACCUUGUGCAAUCAGUAACCUUUUCCUACAGAUGAAUCUUACCUGUAACAGUAGAAAAGAAAGCUCUUAGCACAACUCUUAGACAGUUGAAGCUUCUGUAAAACUCUCCAGAAUAUCUCCAACUACACACUUAGAAACAACACUUUGAAGUAGCACCAAGCUACAAUCAUUGCAUAUAUUCCUGACUUGUAUGAAACUUUUAAAACAAACUAAGGUUUAGCUGAAUAUGGAGGCUUUACAAUGUAUCUAGUUUUGCCCCAUUUAACUAUUUUUGUAAUCAUUAUUUAACGUAUUUUUAGGAUGGUGAAUCAUCUGUUUCUGCUGACUGCAAGUUACAAUGUAAAUGUCAGGCCACGUUAGUGACCUGCUCAGAGUUGGCAUGUGGUAUCAAGGAGCGCUGUGAGAUCAGGAACGGAGUCAGAAAUUGUUACAGUAUUAAAAGCUAUUGCAGUGUGACCUUUAAGAAGUUUGUCACUUUCGAUGGGCUGUCAGGAAAAGCUCUUCCAAAUGGUUGUUACGAUCUGGUGUCUCGAUGUGACAAUGAUACAGAUGCCUGGUUCAGAGUUAUUGUACAUAUUGAAAGCUGUGAUACCAAAAUGUCAUCAGUGUCGAGGAUUCAUAUCUUCCUGCAUAGAGAUAUGGUGACUAUCACAAAGGACAUGGAGGUCUGGGUAAGUCAAUGGAAAAUUCAAGUGUCUCAUAACCUACCACAAUGUAAAUGCAGACAUUGUACAGUUUAUUAAUUUGUUAUAUUUGAACCAGUAUAACCAAAACGGUGUAGUAGAAACAUUGCAGUAUUACCGAGGCACAAAAACGAAAUCAUUAUUUUGGGGAACAUUUAUUCCUGUUCUCAAACUAACCUGUAACAAUUAAUUAUUAUCGUUUUUUACUUUACAAACAGAACAGAGCUCAUAAAAAUUGUCACCUUUAGAAUUUAAGGGGAUAGUUUGCUGUCCAUCUUUUAAAAUCACUGUUUAGUAGAUAUACAACCAAUGAAAACAUUUAAUUCUGCAUUUUCUCAUUGGGGACAUCUAAGAACACUUUUAAAAAGCUGCAGAUAUCUUCUCCUGCCCAGACUUUCUUUACUACUUCCUGGUUUGUUUAGCUCAGUGACGAUAAACCCAAGAGGCAGCAAUUGCCCAGAGCAUCUGCCUUGCAACAUAAUUGUUAUGCAGCCAGACACUAGGUUGGAACCUGGGCAUGUGAUAUCAUUUACUGAAGGCUCAAGUUGGAGUUUGUCUAUGGGCCAUCAUGGAUCUUAAAGGUUUUUAGAGCUUUAAUAAUAAAACAAAUCUAAUGAUAAUUAUAAUUUUUUUGUUUGUUUCAGGUGAACGGUCACUACCCCUUUUCCGCAGUUAAGGUGUCUGGGUUAUCAGUCAUCCUUGAAGGAGAUUAUAUUGCGGUGGAUAUAGGGGAAGACCUACAUAUGGAUUUUUCUGUAUCCGGAGAGAUCAGAGUGAAUGCGGACUCUGGACUGACAGGAGCAGUCUGUGGCAUCUGUGGCGAUAACAAUGGCGAAAGGGCAGACGAUCUUCUGGAUCCGCUGGGAGACAAAAAGUCCAGCAUCUUGCAGAUGAUUACGUCCUGGACAGCCCACGAUUUUUGCAACUGCUAA